AUAUGUUGUUUUCCUUAACCCCUCUCUGUGUUUCUAAAACUCUGUUUUCAAUUGCUUACAAAUUUAGUCCAAGGUCUGACGCACAGCUGAAAUGGCCAGGUACUUGUUUUUCUUCUUCUUUUCCUUCUCUUUCUCUUUUUAUCCUAUGAUUUUGUCUGAACUAUCCUCAAACCAAAAAACCACUAUGAUCAAUCUCUCCAAGAGUCUAAAUGUCACUAAUAUUUCAUGGGAUAUCAACAAAGAGCCAAACCCAUGUUUGUGGAAAGGAGUUGGGUGCAACUCCCCCUCCAAUUCAUCUGUUAUCCAAAUUUCCUUAUCUUGGGUUUCUCUAUCUUCCUCAGAUUUUCUGCCCCUUGUUUGCCAGAUUGAGUCCUUGCAGAUUCUUGAUGUUUCAGACAACCAUCUGAGAAAAAUCCCAUCUGGGUUUCUCUCAGAUUGUGGAAAACUUGAUGGGCUAAGGCUACUCAAUUUUAGCUAUAACAAUUUGGGGGGUUCUUUGCCUGUAUUUGUUGGUUUUGCUGGGUUGGAGUUCUUAGACUUGUCUCAUAAUAACUUGAGUGGAGCCAUUGAUUUAGAGUUAGAUGGGUUAGUUGGGCUCAAAAGCUUGAACCUUAGCUUGAACCAUUUCACUGGCUCUGUUCCUACCCGUCUUGGAAAAUCCAAGGUCUUGAAGGAGCUUCAGCUUUCUAUGAAUAAGUUUCAUGGCAUAAUCCCUGUUGAUAUUGUGGGCUACCGCAAUUUGACUCUGAUUGAUUUUAGUGUAAAUAAUAUUUAUGGGUCUGUUCCUGAUGAAAUUGGAGAGCUCUCCAAGUUGGAGGUUUUGAUUCUGUCGUCCAAUAAUUUAUCUGGCGAAAUCCCACAAAGCCUUUCCAAUAUCACAAGCCUUACCCGUUUUGCUGCAAAUUCUAACAAGUUCAACGGUCCAAUUCCUGCGGGGAUUGCAAAACAUCUGAGAAAUUUGGACCUAAGCUAUAAUACCUUAAGUGGGUCGAUUCCAUCGGACCUUUUGUCUCCAUUGAAUCUGCAGACCGUGGAUUUGUCUAAUAAUAGGUUAAACGGAUCGAUACCGGCAGCUCUAUCUCAGAGCUUGGUCAGACUGAGAUUGGGAAGCAAUUCACUUGAUGAUGUAAUUCCAACUGCGGCCAUUGCAGAACUCAAACGCUUAACUUACUUGGAGCUGGAAAACAAUACAUUGACCGGAUUGAUUUCUCCUGAAUUGGGUUAUUGCCAGAGUUUGGCGCUGUUGAAUUUGGCUCAGAAUCAGUUCUCUGGGUCUCUGCCAAUGGAGUUGGGUAAGCUUAGCCAUCUUCAAGUCUUGAAACUUGAACUUAACCUUUUGACUGGACAAAUCCCAAUUCAAAUUGCUCAAAUGUCGAAGUUGUCGAUUCUGAAUAUCAGCUGGAAUUCUCUGAAUGGUUCGAUACCACCUUCGGUUACAAGCUUGAAGAAUCUCAUUAACAUGAAUUUACAAGGCAACAAUCUCAGUGGUUCGAUACCGGAAAAUAUUGGCUCUAUGACUUCUCUGAUGGAACUCCAACUUGGAGAAAAUCAGUUGAGUGGUGACAUUCCAAGCAUGCCAAUUACUUUGCAGAUUGCUUUGAAUCUCAGCAGCAAUCUUUUUGAAGGACAUAUUCCGGGAACUCUUGCCAAGCUCACGGGAUUAGAAAUUCUGGAUCUCUCAAAUAACAAAUUCUCAGGUGAGAUACCCACAUUUUUUGGGAAGUUGGGAGCCUUGACACAGUUGAUACUUUCCAACAAUCAGCUCUCUGGAGAAAUUCCAAAAUUUGGUUCUUGGGUCUUCGUCAACACAAGUGGAAAUGAGGGUUUGACCAAUCCUAGUCACACAGAACCACCAAGAACUUCACCCAAAUCGGAGAAGGCGAAAAUGUCAUGUGCUGAGAUAAUUUUUCUUGCAGUUGUAGCAGCUGUUUUUGCUGUCGGAGGAUUCACCAUCCUUGCUAUAUCACUAUUAGGAUACAAAUUGGUAAAAAAAAAGAAAUUGAUUGCUCUUUAGGCGAUGAUGUGAAUUCUUUUACCUAUGCUUUUUACAAGAAAAUGUUCUGUUAUUAUUUUUCACACACGUGGCGUACAUUUA